AUGACAGGAGUUGACGACAAUGAAGAACACAUCGCGGAAUUGAAGUUCAAAUACGACCUCCUGAUAAAUGAACUAUACCAUUUGAAGGAAUACACGUCGCUGGUUGAAUACGACCCGUGUUUCCGAAAUGCGUCAGAGAGUUUUGAGCAUUUUGUCCAGUCCAGCAACUUGGCGCUUCUGAAAAGCGAUCCCCAGGAUGCAGCGGAAGACGGAAAUGCGGCACGCAGAGUACGAAGGCGCCAGACCAGAAGCGAGCCACCGAUUUCUGCGAGCGCCAGUUUCGAUCCGGAUGUCGAAUUUCUUGUGAACGAACGAUACAACGAGUUAGAGAGCCGUAUGGAGAAUAAGCCCUACAAGCGCCAGCGGCUGAUGAAGAGGGAACCGGAGGUCCCUAAAAAACAGAAACUAGACAUAAAGGCUGUGCCUAGCGAGAGCAAAUCCACAGUCAAAAAGGAGGAUGCCGAGGGCGUUGCUCCAUCCAAGCCAAGUCAAGAACUUUCAAACCUAAAAAUUAUGGACGAUCCGGCCUGUGACAGUUCGUUCUAUUCAAGUUCUUCUUCUGAGGACGAAUGGGAUGCGAGAACGAAAAAGAGAAAACUACCGCGGAUCAAAAUCACUGUAAAUCCACCCAAACAAACUGUUACGAACCCGUUACAUGUAUCACAACCUCAAUUCAAAACGUUGGGUGAUUUUUUGGCGUCUUUUAGGGCACUAGAUGAGGAUAUGUCAGUGGAAGAAUAUAGAGAUUUUGUUCAAGGACAGAAAUCCUUGGCUUCAAAGAUUAAAAAAGGCUUGGAAAGGGGUGUGCUGCGAUAUGACUACGAUACAGAUUCCAUUCACGCAAUAACUUUGAAAGAUGCUGCUGGGGUACAGACACACAAACCUGAACCUAUAACGUACCUUUACAAGGAACAGCAACAAUACACAUUUCAGGAUCACCUCAUUAAUCAUGGUGUGUUUAUGACCAGGCUUUUCCAAGAAAGCCGUAAGGCCAGAAUCGCAAAUACACGUAAAAUUACUCAAAUGAUCGAGCAACAUUUCAGACAUAUAGCAGGCGCCGAGGAACGUCGGCAAAAAGAAGAGGAGAGGCGGCUUAAGACUUUGGCUCGUACUGCUGUCCAAGCUGUCAAAAGGAGAUGGGUUGUUGCUGAAAAGGCUUACAGAGUUCUUAAAAAAGAUGAAGAGGAUCAGCUUAAGAAAAUUCAGGGUAAGGAACAUUUGAGUAAAAUGCUUGAACAGAGCACUCAGCUUCUUGGAGCGCAGCUUAAGCGUUUCACACAGAAUGAGGAAGACGAAGAGCAAAGUGACACCAAUGCGUCUGCUACCAUAAGCGACGUCAAUGACAGCAUCAGUGAGAGCGACAACGAAUCUCUCACCUCCUCGGACGAGGAAGAUCCUUCGGCGGAAAUAGGGGACGACGGCAAUGACGCCAAGCUUUCUCUCGAACAGCUAAGGGCGAAGUAUGCUCAUUUGAAAGAUGUGCCAGGCGACGACAAUGAGUCUGAUAGUUCUUUCACGAAACAAGCUACUAACGGUGGAGCUGAUACUUCUGAUUCUUACCAUGAAGAAGAGCUGUCCGAGAAAGAAAAAAAUGAGUUGGAAAAAGCACAGCAAGACACAUCCUUGAAGAUACUUGAUGAAAAUGAUAGUGAUGUCUCUGGACCGGAAUCAGAUACGUCAAUGACUUCUGGUUUGGAUGAGAGUGGUGACGAGGAAGCAGACAUGGAUGAUCAGAAGCAGGGUGGGCUAAUUUCUCUGUUUAACGAGUUUUCGGAUGGGGAGUCAGACGGCGAACCUGACUUUGCCUCUCCUGACGAAAAUGAAAGCGGUCAUCCGGAAAGUGAGACGAUGUCAGAGCUUGAACCUGAAGAAAGCUCGAGUGCCGAAAGCGAACCCGCGUUGAAUAAUCAAGUAUCUGAAGAGAGAACUACAGAAAAGGGUGAGAUAAUGAGUGAUCCUUUGGCCGUUGUAGAUGUUCCAGUUCCUUCACUAUUACGCGGAAAUCUCAGAAUUUAUCAAAAACAAGGGCUAAACUGGCUAGCGUCUUUGUACAAUAACAAGACUAACGGCAUCCUUGCUGACGAAAUGGGGCUGGGGAAAACAAUUCAGACUAUAUCUCUGCUGGCUUACUUAGCAUGUGAAAAAGAGAAUUGGGGCCCUCACCUUAUCGUUGUUCCGACUUCUGUCCUGCUUAAUUGGGAGAUGGAGUUGAAGCGAUUUGCUCCCGGCUUUAAAGUUUUGACUUAUUAUGGCUCGCCACAACAGCGAAAGGAGAAGAGAAAAGGGUGGAACAGGCCUGACGCAUUCCAUAUAUGCAUAACGUCGUAUCAAUUGGUGGUGCACGACCAACAUUCAUUCAAAAGAAAAAAAUGGCAGUAUAUGAUAUUAGAUGAGGCCCAUAACAUCAAGAACUUUAGAUCUACACGUUGGCAAGCUCUCCUCAAUUUUAACACAGAGCGUCGGUUAUUGCUCACUGGUACACCGUUGCAGAACAACUUGGCUGAGCUAUGGUCUUUGUUGUACUUCCUCAUGCCCCAAACGGCUGUGGGAAACAAUGGAGGGAUACAAGGAUUUGCGGAUUUAGAAGCGUUUCAGCAGUGGUUUGGAAGGCCAGUAGACAAGAUUAUUCAAACUGGAGAAGGUUACCAACAGGACUCAGAAACCAAAAAAACUGUUGAUAAACUGCAUCAGGUCCUGCGUCCAUAUUUAUUAAGAAGGUUAAAGGCUGAUGUGGAAAAACAGAUGCCGGCCAAGCACGAGCACGUUGUCUACUGCAGACUAUCCAAGAGACAGAGGUUUCUCUACGAUGAUUUCAUGUCGCGGGCCCAAACUAAAGAAACACUGUCUAGUGGGAAUUUUAUGUCGAUCAUCAACUGCCUGAUGCAAUUGAGAAAGGUGUGCAACCAUCCCGACUUAUUCGAGGUCAGACCCAUUUUGACAUCAUUUUGCAUGGAUAAAAGCGUUUCGCAUGAUUAUGGAACCAUUAACAAUUUUGUCACAAAAAGACUGCGAAUGAAGGACACUAGUAACAUAAAUGUUAACACACUGAAUUUGAAUUUUUCGUCAAAUGAUUCGGGUUUAACAACCUAUCAUGCCGCAAGUAUACGUAACAGUCAGUGUAUUCGACACUUUACCGAAGAGGUGGCAAAAUUACGCGAAAGGGCCGAACAACAAUCGAAUACAGAACUUCAAGGGUCUCCAUUCAACUUCCAAGACAUCAAUCAGUUUUAUCAGGGCUAUGCAGCGAAAAAGACUGAAGACAUGGUUAGCCGUCUGCAGUACCUGGGGUAUAUAAACGGUCUGAGGUGUGCCAAACGUCCUGUUUAUGGUGCCAAUUUGAUAAAAGCGUUGAGCAUAGCAAGCUCUGAAAGGGAUGGAUGCGUUGAGGAGCUGUUGAAACCAUUGCAAACGAAAAUUCUGGAUAAUGAUGCGACAAUCGAAAAAUUUGCGGUAGUGACUCCCAACGCCGUGACGCUCGACGCCCGCAACUUGGCUUUGGGAUUGAAUGCAGACAGUUUACUGCCUCCAACUGCUAAAAUGAGCAUGCAGCUGGCUCUAAGGAACACCACCAAUCCUCUGCACAAGCUUCAAACGAAACUUGCAAUCGCGUUUCCGGAUAAGUCCCUAUUGCAGUACGACUGCGGCAAGCUACAGAAGCUGGCCACGCUGCUGCGGGACCUCAAGGAUGGUGGCCAUCGGGCUUUGAUUUUCACUCAAAUGACCAAGGUACUGGAUAUCUUGGAGCAGUUUCUGAACUACCACGGGUACCUGUACAUGAGGCUGGACGGUGCCACGAAGAUCGAGGAUCGGCAAGUUCUGACGGAACGAUUCAACACCGACACCAGGAUUACGGCCUUCAUCCUUUCCAGUCGGUCAGGCGGGCUGGGCAUCAACUUAACCGGCGCCGACACUGUUAUUUUCUACGACUCCGACUGGAACCCCGCCAUGGACAAGCAAUGCCAGGACCGGUGCCACAGAAUUGGGCAGACCAGGGACGUGCAUAUCUAUCGCUUCGUGAGCGACCAUACCAUCGAAAGCAACAUUCUCAAAAAGGCCAACCAGAAGAGGCACCUGGACAACGUUGUCAUCCAGCGCGGUGACUUCACCACCGACUACUUCACCAAGCUGUCUGUCAAGGACCUGGUCGGCGCUGACCUAAGCGAACUUCCCGUCAGUGACAAACCACUAUUGAUGGACGAGGACGUCGCCACGAAGGAUCCGCGCCGCUUGGAGCGCCUGUUGGCCCAGGCCGAAGAUGCCGACGAUGUCAAGGCCGCAAAAUCUGCCAUGAGGGAAGUAGAGGUCGACAACGAGGAUUUCCAGGAAGUCCGAUCCGCCGUGGAGAAAGACGACGGGGCCGCCGACGGCGAGGACGAAUACGAGGGCACCAACCACGUCGAGGAGUACAUGAUCCGCUUCAUUGCGAACGGGUGCUACUACGACUGA